AUGCCUCGCCAAUUCUUCGUCGGUGGUAACUUUAAGAUGAACGGUACUGUGGACAGUAUUACCGCCAUCAUCAAGAACCUGAAUGACGCCAGCCUCGACCCCUCGUCCGAGGUCGUCAUCUCCCCUCCGGCCCUCUACUUGCUCCUUGCCCGCCAGGCCGCCAACGAGAAGCUUGGUGUUGCUUCCCAGAACGUCUUCGACAAGCCUAAUGGCGCUUUCACUGGUGAGAUCUCCGUGGAGCAGCUACGUGACGCCAAGAUCAAUUGGACCAUCAUCGGACACAGCGAGCGCCGUGUGAUCUUGAAGGAGACUGACGAGGCAUGUUCUUUCAUUGCUCGUAAGGUCAAGGCUGCAAUUGAGGGUGGCGUUAGCGUUAUUUUCUGCAUCGGUGAGACUCUUGAGGAGCGUGAGUCUGGUAAGACCAUAGACAUCGUGACCAGACAACUCAAUGCCGUCGCCAAGGAGCUCUCCAGUGAGCAGUGGGCCAAGGUUGUCAUUGCCUACGAGCCAGUCUGGGCUAUUGGAACUGGUAGGGUUGCCACCACCCAGCAGGCGCAGGAUGUUCAUGCUGCUAUCCGCAAGUGGCUGAGCGAGACUAUCUCCGCUGAGGCUGCUGAAAACACGCGCGUGAUCUACGGCGGCUCCGUCAGCGAGAAGAACUGCCGUGAACUCGCUAAGGAGCCUGAUGUUGAUGGUUUCCUCGUUGGCGGUGCCAGCUUGAAGCCUGCUUUCGUCGACAUCAUCAACGCUCGUCUGUAA